AAGGUUUGUUCCUUUGGUCAUCUCACUCACUCAUCAAUCUGCCUUGCUCUUUUAAUUACACUUGAUUGACACGUAAAAUCGGAAAGUCUCAACCCAGAAAAUACGUCAAACCCUAUCUCCUCUCUCUUUCUCGUAUUUAAUCAUCUGUUGCCCUAACUUUGUCCUCCUCUCCAAACCCUAAUCCCCAAAUUUCCAUGAAAAUCAAUUCUGAUCAACAAAUUAGGGUUUCCGCCAUGAAAACCAUAUCUUUCUGAUGAUCACUUCACCCUCAAAAUUCAUAGCAGCAGCAGCAGCAGCAGCUUCAUCUCAAUAGCUUCUUCGACUUUCGACAAUGGAGGGUGGAAACGCUGUUGAAGAUCCUGAGUCAUGGGAAGUGGCGGAUGUGGAGGAGAGUAUGAAGAGAUUGCUGCUUUCUUCCUCUAUCAAAGACUCUGUUACUUCAUCUUCUCCAAGCAAUUCUAUUUCAGCUGAUGAUUUGUCAACUUCUGGUUCGCUCAAUUUGGCCUUUUCAACUGGUGCUGAAAACGCUGGGCUUUUGGAUGAUGCUAUUAAUCAGGUUGAUCAGUUUCUUCGUGAAGCUUUGCAAAAUCCUCGUGAACGCUUGUCGAUCCUGCGAAUGGAACAAGAUGUUGAACAGUUUAUUCAGGAUCCUACGCAGCAACAAAUGGAAUUUCAACAGCUUCCAACUUCUUAUUUGAGGCUUGCUGCUCAUCGUGUUGCUCAGCAUUACUUUCUGCAGUCCAUGGUCUUGCUAGAUAAUAGUCUCCCUGAUGGAUCGGGCUCCAGAAUUAUAGUCCAAAAGACUUCAACUGAGUGUCGUUUGCCUCGUAUCCGCCUGGCAGAUAUCCCUGUAAACUUGCCUCAAGAAGACAAUGGCAUUUUCAAGGUUGCCAUUAAGCAAAGGCCUCAAAAGCAUUCAUCUUCAUCCAGCAGUGGUAAUUCUGGAUCUCAAAAAGCAAAUCAUAACAAAAGUGUCGAGGAAAGAAAAGAGGAGUACAACAGAGCUCGUGCACGAAUUUUUAAUUCUAAUAACCCAAAUGGUUCUCCUGGUUUAAAACCUGUAGUUGAGGUAAAAAAAGCAGAUAACUUGCAGCUUCCAUCUUUGGGACCACCAAAAGUUGAUGAGAAACCUGCAUCUGGAGCUUCUGACUUGAGUAGCGGGAGAGCUGUUUCAGUAGUUGAUUCUUCAAGUGGUAGCAGUAGGUCAGCUAGAAGUAGAACAGAAAAAGACCCUGUCAGUAGGUACAGACCCAAUAAUAGGGUUGCUAUUUUUAGAGACCGUGAAAUCGACCGCAAAGAUCCUGAUUAUGACCGGAAUUAUGAUAGAUAUCUGCAAAGGUUUGACCCUGGAUUUGGAUUCAAUGCUGGGCCCUAUACUGUCCAACCUAUGUACUCCCCGGCUGUUAAUUAUAAUACUGAAUUUCCUCAACUUGGCUCAACUCCUAGGCCUCAGAUUUCUGCUGAUCCACCUCGGCCACUCCCACAGCAUUUACCUCCAUGGGCAUCUCCGUCUAACCCUGCAGGUCUCAGUUAUGGUCAUCCAGAGGCCAUGAUGGCUGCAUAUAGUCCAAAUCAUGUUAGUCCACGUUCUGCAUCUACUAUAUAUCUACAUACCACUCAUUACCCUUGUCAGCGUCCUGGAAUGCCAUUCAUUCAUCCUCAUGAACAUAUUCACCAGUCAUAUCAGCAGUCGCAACAGCAGCAACAUGAUGCAACCCUUGGAUUUGCCCGGCCCCGUUGAGGGGCAUGGGCAAUGCCUGCACCCUGCCUGCUUGGAGUCUGAACUCCAAGGAAGUAUGGCAGCACAUUCUGUGAGGCAGGGUGCACAGGCAUACAGAACUGAGGUGGGCCAGAAUGAUCUAAAUUGGUUUGGGAUCCUUUUUUAAACAGUUAGCUGGCCUUUUCUCAGUUCACAUUUAGAUUCCUUGCAUUAUUUGCGAGGGAGCUUGUGAUUGGGACACAUCUCAAUCUGAAACUACCAUUAUUGAUGAUGAUGAUGAAAAACAAACUGAAAGCACGUUGUUACCUUGAGAGGCCUGAGAUUUUUUCAGUUAAGUAACCCUAGAAGCCUGGAGCAAAGUAAAACAGCAUUGGGGAUGUAAUGCUCCCUGAAUGUUGGCAUGGAGCCAUGGAGCAUUUGGGUAAAGUUGUGUUCGUGAGUGCUCUCAAUUGCUUGUGGAAGGAUCAAUAUGAUGUUAAUAUUAGCAGCACACGCCUUUGUUUUCGUUUGGAUUCGAGUUGAGAUGUUUCUAAAUAUAUUGGAUAGUUUAUGUUCCUUUCAAAUUCUUAAUGUAGAUAAUGUCGUCACCGCUCUCUAAAAUGCAUUACUAUUGAGCAUCAGCCUAAAUCUAUUACGAUGUUCCUAUUAUCUGCUCAAUUUCAAUUUCUAUAUUACUUUACAGAGAA